AUAAUAUAGGUGUCUGAGCUUACGCUCCCAUAAUAUUAGAGUCUAUGAACUACCCUCCAAAAUCUCUAGACCAUUUAAUCCGGAUCUAAUCAUAGUCAAUUACAUUGAUACUCUAAAGAACAAAUCUAGCAAAACUUACUUUAAAAGUCAGUUUACAUCUCUAGACCAUUGGCUCAUGUCUAUGACAUCCGGCCCGACCAAAAAAAUUCGUCAAAGUAAAUUUGAACGUACAAUAAGGAAGUAAAAAAUAUGUAACAGUUUGGUUGGGAUUUAUAUGUAGAGAAAAGAGACCAUAAAUUUGACACAACUAAAUGCGAAAAAUUAGUCAAAUUUUGUGAGACGAAUGGUAUAAAGUUAUAUCCAAAACCAGAUAAUAAAAAUGAAUACAUGAACUUAAUUUAAACAAACUUUUGGUAGACCAAUGUAUACUAUUUUAUAUUAUUUGUGCUGGUUUCAUCCGACAACUGCAGCCCCCCUAUGUCCCCAAUCCAAAGUCUUGUAAAUUAAAGUUCAAAAGUGGUGGAGAAACCAAUUAAGCUGCAGAAGAGAAGAGUAGCAGCAGGAGAAGUUGUUCAUCAAUUGAUCUAAGGCAUGGCAUUUGCAGGAACCACACAGAAAUGCAUGGCCUGUGACAAGACUGUAUAUCUGGUCGACAAGUUAACUGCAGACAACAGAGUUUACCACAAGGCUUGUUUCAGAUGCCACCACUGCAAAGGCACCCUCAAGCUGGGGAAUUACAACUCCUUUGAGGGAGUACUCUAUUGCAGGCCACACUUUGAUCAGGUCUUCAAAAGAACUGGAAGUUUGGACAAAAGCUUCGAAGGGACGCCAAAGAUUGCGAAACCAGAGAAACCUGCACUACCUGAGAAACCUUUGGCAGCAAAAGCUACAAGUGUCUAUGGAGGAACCAGAGAGAAAUGUGUGGGCUGCAAAAAGACUGUUUAUCCAACUGAAAAGGUGACAGUGAAUGGGAGUGCAUACCAUAAGAGCUGCUUCAAAUGCAGCCAUGGAGGAUGUGUGAUCAGUCCAUCUAACUAUAUUGCUCAUGAAGGCCGCCUUUACUGCAAGCACCACCAUCUUCAACUCAUAAAGCAAAAGGGAAACUUGAGCCAGCUUGAGGGAGGAGACCAUGAGAAGAAAGUCAACUCUGCUACAGAUGUGGCUGCAGAAUUAUCCUCCUAAUUUUAUUUCAAUCAAUGCUCAGCCUGCAAUUAUGGCCUCUCUCUUUCUCUGCAUGUAAUGAAAUGUGCUUAACUCUUCUUCUUCUUUGAUCUGGAUAUUGAAUUGGCAUUGUUUCAUCCAUGUUUGUCUUGGUUGUUUGCCUCCUCUUUUCUAAUUGUUUGUGUUAAGGGACUGUAAUGUAGAGUAAAAUAUCUCACAAUGUAAUGUUUGAGCUAGAAUGUGAGCUUAUAAUGUUUUGUAUUGGAUUAAGCAAGUGACUGAGUGUAAUUUGUAGUGUGGUAUCUUCACAUUUGCAUUAUAGCCACCUUGAAUCACACCACUUAGCUAGCAAUUAGAAUUAUUAAGUUUGC